UUGAAAACCAAUCAGCAAUUCAUUUAACAAAAGUUGAAUUAUCAUGGAGAUCUGAUACAAAAAUUCCUAAAACAAUUUGUAAAAUAAUUGAAAAUGAAAGUUUUUGGCAAGAUAUAAAAUCACUUUUUAAAGUUCUUAAACAACUUGUAAUAGAAAUUGCAUUAUUCGAAUCUGAUACACUACAAUUAGCCAUUCGAUUAACACCUGAUCAUGUUUUAAAGCUUGUAUAUAUUUAUAGUAAUUACAAAUUAACUCAGCCACGUGAGGAUUUUCAAAAAACAACCAGAGUUCUAAAUUCGGUAGAAUUAAAUAAUUAUGAAGUAGAAUCAUUUGAUGAAUCUUUUAAUAAUACAGAAGAUGAAAUUGAUGGUUAUGAUAUGGAAACAUUUUUAGAUGAGAUUGAUGACUAUGAUACGAAAACAUUUUUAGAAGAUUCGAAUAAUGAAAAUUAUGCUAAUACUGAUGAAGAUAGUAAUUUUAUUGUUCUAGAAUCAGAAA